UGACAGCUAGAAUUAUAAAUAGGUUAGUUUGUAAACGUCUGUAUGGGACACAGGUUCUACGCGAAAAUGAGGUGGUAGAAGAAGAAACUAUCUUGAAAAUUACAAAAUGCAACAAUUAUUUGUUUGACCUUUUAAAAAUGGAACCCGAAAGCCUUAAAGUAUUACCAUUGCACAAACAUCCUGAGUAUUUGAGAGCAUGCUGCGAAAUGAUAAACGAAGAGUGGCCCCGUAGUGAAACCGCAAGAAUGAUGUCCUUACAAGCGUCCUGCAAUGAACUACCUACUAGUUUAAUUUUAGUUGCGAACACAAAGUCUCUGUUGGGUCAUUGUAAAUUAACAGCUAUACCUAGCAUACCGGAGAGCUGUUUUGUAGAGACCGUUGUGAUAAGCAGAGCGAUGCGCGGGAAAAAAUUAGGAACGUAUUUAAUGAGACGCGUGGAGGAAUAUUGUAAAAGCGUUUUAAAUUUGAAAAUGAUUCAUUUGUCGACGAAAGGACAAGAAAACUUCUACGUGAAGUUGGGAUACAAAGUUUGUGCACCUAUUUCUAUAUACGGUGUACGAUUGCUGAGCCAUAGUUACAGUUCUGCUGUCAGUAUUAAAUUAGAUAAUCCAGUUGCCAUCAAUCCUAUUACUCAGACAGUACCAGGAGCUUUCCCUCCCCCGCCCCCGCCGAUGCCUAAGAUUCUUAAAAAUACGGACAACACAAUAAAAUCCAACAAAACAUACAUGUUCAAGUACUUAUAAUUGAUUUUAU